CGUGAACGGUGACGCAGCAGCAGAAACAAGGAAGUUUGCAGAUUAUAGAGACUCGAGAAUUCAGGUUUUAAACAAAUUCUGGCUAUAAAUAGCCUACUCCAGUGCAUAAAAGUCGAACCAAGAUUUCAAAGAUGGCGAGCAAUGUGGCUAUAGAGACACACUCUGAGAUCAUAGCAUCAGACGAAAAGCUUACAAAUGCCCUGGAAUACUUGGAGGAGAAACCAGCGGUCUGUCUGAUGCACAGAACCAAAGAAGUAUCUCUUUACUGUAGAACAUGUGACCGGCUAGCUUGUACAUCUUGACGUUGUCUCCAGGAAACAGCUAGAGUUUGAUGAACGGAUGGCUCAGAUGAAUGGGGAAAUGAUACAAAUACUACAACAGAAUAUAAAAAUCACCAAAAAGAAAAACGUCUUGAAAAAUUGCAAAACAGUGUCUGCUGACAUCGACAACAGAAAAAUGGAAUUAUCCGAAAUGCUGGAAUCCUGGAGUCAAACUCAGCAGUCGUUAGUUGCAACACAGAAGGAAAAGCGACUUGAAAAUCUGGAAAAAUACCUUGAUGAAUCAGAAACUUGCCUCGCAAUUGUAGAACAGUUUCAAAGAAAUCCGAGUAGUAAGAAUAUUGAUGGCAAGAAACUUGCACAUGUUUUAGAGAUGCUUCAAAGCGCCACCGGUGCAUCAACUAGGAAUGUAUCAGAAGUCAUUCACGAAGGGAAUGCAAUGACUCUCUCAACAGAAAUGGGCGACACUGACAGAAUGGAGAAGUGGUUUGGCCGCGUGACUGGGAUCGAUUCUGAAGCAAGCCAACACCAAACAACCAAGUUCAAGUUUUGUGAUUCACAAAUAAGUCAAAUCUCACCAAUUAGUGCAAAAAAGGCAUUUGUGGUGACGGAAGGCCAUCUGUAUCUUGUUGAUUCUACCCAGGUUAAAUGUACAAGGGCCGACAUCGAACCACUGAUGAUCAAAGUUAAGUACAUCACUCCGGUCACAGAACGUGGUAUAUAUGUACAACAGACUGACAGUGACGUGAUCAAACGUGUUACAGUGAAUGGUCAGGAAAACCGCUUUGCUGAUUUUAAAUCUGUCCAGUUCCAUCCAUCGCAAAGCCUUCGCAUAGCACAUACUGGCAUGGUUUUGUCAGUCAUAAGAUUUGACGACCAUUUCGGCAAAAAAGUCAUGUUGUUUCACGAAUACAACAGCUAUGGUGUCAGAUUAAAAACAAGUCAAAAUAUUUGCUGUCAAUAUAAGGAUGAGUUUGCGCACAGCGUCCACACAGCCGGUGCUAUCUACGCCCUGAAGACUUCCAACGAACUUCCAAAGAAUCCUUACCAGCCAGGAUUUGUUGUGAAUGUUGAAACAGCAACAAAAUAUGUUGGAACAAUAGGGUCGGAGCCAGCGAGCACCUUCCACCCCAGAGGACUAUGUAAGGAUCAAGACGACCGCCUCAUAGUUUCUGAUUUCUGGAACCACGCCAUACACCAAUUAACAUAUGAAGGGAAAUUCCAGAAGUUUUUAAUGACGGAAGAUGAUGGACUGAUGAACCCAACCGCAGUCGGCAUUGACAACAUCAACUGGCUAUGGAUAGCACAGAAAGAUGGGCAGAUACACAUCGUCAAAUAUGACCCGUAACGCUGCCAUCGAUUGCAGAAGGUUGAGUAGAGUCCAUAGAUCAGUCAUAUGAUAUCACGUGAUCCUUACACAGACAAAACUAUCUUGGUUUAUUGUUGUAUUUCUCACUGAGGAAUUUAAAGGUACAUAUAUUUCAUUGCACAGAAUGUCAACAAGUGAUGACCUUUUAAUGAAUUCGUUAACAAUUCUGGCAGUAAAUGGAGUGAUGGGUGUUUCAUCUACAUGACAGUCGUAUUCGUGUAACUGAAACGGUUUGAUUUUUAAACACAAACACUUGUGACUACCAGCUUUCUAUCAGUAAUCAGUAUGUUAUCACAUUCAAUCUUUUAUAUUACACGUGUCAAGCUGUUAAAUGUUUACGAUCAGUCCAGCGUUUUAGGUCACCCGAGACAAAGUCUCAAAUUACCUAUUCUUAUUGCCUUUUGUCCGUCGUCGUGCAUCUUCCUUCCGUAAAUAAUUUACAUUUUCGACGUCUUCUCUGAAUCAAAUCCAAAAAAGAAAUUGUGGAAACCUUCCAUGGCAAAAGGUAAACCAAAAUUGUGAAUUAUAUGCCCCCCCCCUCCCCAGAGAACUGAGUGGCGGUGCCUAAAGGGUUCAAAUUGACCGAAUUAUUUCAUAACUCAGAUGACCGUUAAUGCCCACGGGACUCUUAUAUUACAGGUAUCUAGCUGUUUAUACUUAGGACCAGUUCAGCUUUUAUUUCAUAGGUAUCUAGCUGUUUUUCUUUCGACCUGUCCAGCUUUUAUUGUAUUAUAUUCAUCAAGCGGUUUACACUUACAAGUAACCAGCUUUUAUAUCAUAGCUAUAUAGCGCGUUAUGCUUACGAGCAGUAGAGCUUUUAUAUUAUAGGUACUAGUAUCUAUCUAUUUUAUACUAACGACCAGUCCAGGUUUUAUAUCAUUGGUAUCUAGCUAUUUUAUACUUACGACCAGUCCAGGUUUUAUAUUAUAGGUAUCUAGCGUUUUAUACUUACGACCAGUCCAGGUUUUAUAUUAUAGGUAUCUAGCGGUUUAUACUUACGACCAGUCCAGGUUUUAUAUUAUAGGUAUCUAGCGGUUUGUACUUACGACUGGUCCAGGAUUUAUGUUAUAGGUAUCUAGCGGUUUAUACUUACGACUAGUCCAGGAUUUAUGUUAUAGGUAAGUUAAACAAGACAAACUGUGGAUAUAGCGGUAUGUUGCUACUUAGUUCUGUUCCUCUGAUCAAAUUCUGACGUCUUCAUGAGACUCGAAAUUUUUUUGUGGUGAAAGUGAAAAUUAUUCUAGUAUGCACGUACAUUCAUUUACCGGCAUUUUGAAAAUAAGUCAGGAUUUAUGCUGAAGAAUGUGGUAUAUAAUCAUAACAGAAAUGUAGCACACUGAAUAUUAUUGUAUUUUAAUAUUUCAAAUGUUGAUUCAUUUCUUCACUCUCGUGUUAUAAUUCAAAUGUUGAUUCAUUUCUUCAGUCUCGUGUUAUAAUUCAAAUGUUAAUUCAUUUCUUCAGUCUCGUGUUAUAAUUCAAAUGUUAAUUCAAUUCACCAGUCUCGUGUUAUAAUUCAAAUAUUAAUUCAUUUCACCAGUCUCGUGUUAUAAUUCAAAUGUUAAUUCAAUUCACCAGUCUCGUGUUAUAAUUCAAAUGUUAAUUCAUUUCACCAGUCUCGUGUUAUAUUUCAAAUGUUAAUUCAAUUAAACCAGUCUCGUGUUAUAAUUCAAAUGUUAAUUCAAUUAAACCAGUCUCGUGUUAUAAUUCAAAUGUUGAUUCAUUUCACCAGUCUCGUGUUAUAAUUCAAAUGUUGAUUCAUUUCACCAGUCUCGUGUUAUAAUUCAAAUGUUAAUUCAUUUCACCAGUCUCGUGUUAUAAUUCAAAUGUUAAUUCAUUCCGUUAGAUUCGUGUUAAACAAGCAUUUCGAAUGUUAAUUCAAUUCACCAGUCUCGUCUGUUUGAAAGACUAUAUCGCUUACAAAUAAUGAAAUAAUAUUUACAACAAAUAAUUGAUUUAACUUAUUCAAAUAUUGACUAAAUGAUAUCACUUAAAUGUUUAAAUGAUAUCAUUAGUCGUUUAAGUAAUAUUUCCGGAGCGAAUGAGUGAAAUCCCCUAAUUAAAACCUCUUAGUGAUAUCACUUUGUCGGUUAAGUGAUAUCAACCAUUCCAAAUAUUAGGUGAUAUCACUUAGAAAAUAGACGUUUUUAAGAAUUCCAAAAGAAUGAAUGUUCACUACCCAGCUAUCUUCAAUAAACCGUCAGGUCAGGCCAGCAUCAAAAAUAUAACAGAGAUCACCUGGUUUUCAUAAAUGAUAUCACUUGCAUGUUUAAGCUUUGAUAAGUGAUAUCACUUAGUCGUUUAAGUGAUAUCACAAAAUGGGAAUACAUACUCAACCGGCGUCCCUUAAAUAUAUAGAUUGAUGUUGCUGUUACCUCUGUACUGUGUGACAUAUACUAAAUAAACUAUUUGUAUACUUCAAACAUUAUCAUUGACGUACGCAAAUUUAACACAUUAAAAUAUCAACAAAUUGACGCAUUGGUGAUUUGCGGAUUGAAAUAUAUAUACAAGAAACUUGGGUUUUGCGCAAUCGCACUUAAGCAUAAUGUUUUCAACCUGAGCAUUGUUAUGAUAAGAUUACCACAAACUCUGUACGUGUAUAGUACAUGGUUAUCUAUAAGUAGUAUGAAGUGUUACUAAUCAUUUAGUAUCGUCUUAAGGUUAAUCUAAAUAGCAAAUCCAGUGGUAUUUUACAAGCCUAUAAAUCACUACUCUGGUGGAAUGGAACAAAAUGUGUGUAAAAAUGCAAGUUUCAUGAGAACACAGUAAGCUCACGUGGAUCACUUAUAUUGCACAAAAUAACCGUGCUGUUAUGCUUUUAAAUUAUCAUUGAAUAUGCUAUUUACAUUGUACAUAAACCUUAAAUAACAAUUUAUGCUUUGAAGUUAUUGGACGUCGCGGGGAUUGUAGUUUGUGUCCUGUCAAAACUAGAGGAAACAAAGAUAAAGAUAUAUUUUGAGACUAUGAGUACGAUGUAAUUUGGUUACAUACUGGAUCAACAUUGCUCCAUGAAUAAAUAACAAAUUGACUUGCCAAAGGUGCAGUCUUUAAAACAUUUCUGAUAUAUGACUCUUUCUUUUGGCCUAUGGCCUUAAGGUUGAGCUUCGACCAGGUGUAGAGGGAAAUUAAGUCAUCUUUAGGGACGGCGAAAAGAACGAAAUUAAAUGCAACGUAAAUGUUAUCAACUACAAUCUAUAUGAUACAUUAAAUCACUCGUAUUCAACCCAAACUUUAUUUGAUGUUUGAUGUAAAAUUGUAUAUUUUUGUUAAGGUUAAGUAACUCUUAAUUAGAAUUUUUUGGUCCAAUGGAAUUAUGUUAUCAGCUUACUACCGAUUGUUUUUCACAAUUUUGUAUACAGUAGAUAUUUCAAUUUCAACUACAUAUCGAUUAUGCCGUAUUCUUGUUUUUCAAUGAGUAUUUACAUUAAAUCAAUGUUAGCUGAUUAGUCAUUUUAUUUCCUUUCGUGUUAUUUCUUAUUACAUUUUCCUAAAGUUGAUAUAAUUUCGUAAAUUUUUAUAUAAAUCGGCAACUUUGUGUCUUGAUUUCUGUGCAUAUAAGCUAGAUAACCUAUUUUUGUAGAGCUUUUUAUAUUUGGUUUUCGUAUUUACAUUGAACUAUUAUUGUUGGUGUUACGUUUGUUCCUUCCGAUAUCAGUAUGUGUGAUAUUACAAUAUUUUCACCUGUGAAAGAUUUUGUAUUUGGUUUAGUAGAAGGAGAGUCGUAAAUUUUUAUAUAAAUCGGCAACUUUGUGUCUAGAUUUCUGUGCAUAUAAGCUAGAUAAUCUAUUUUUGUAGAGCUUUUUAUAUUUGGUUUUCGUAUUUACAUUAAACUAUUAUUGUUGGUGUUACUUUUGUUCCUUCCGAUAUCAGAAUGUGUGAUAUUACAAUAAUUUCACGUGUGAAACAUUUUGUAUUUGGUUUAGUAAAAGAAGAGCCGGUUUGUAAAGAGUUUUUUGGUAAAUGAUUACUUUGAAUGACUCACUAAAACAAGGGGCACAGAGGGCUUGUAUCGCUCACCUUGUUUAUUAGAGCAAACAUCAAAAUAAUGUUUAUGUUCCAUUUGCUAAUAACUUUAUUUGUUGAUGUAUGAAUAUGUUGUAGGGAACUGCUUUUAAUGUAGACUGUGUAUAUAUUUAUACAGUUGUAUAGUUGUAUUAUAUAUAUUACUCAAUACAUAAUCCGGGCCUAGCCUGUCCAUGUGUGCAUGUUGGUGUCGCUUGAUUGAGAGAGUGGAAUGUAUGAGUAUCAAUCACCUGUGACUGUGCAUGCAUCUCGAGAAUACUCUAAGGCGCAUGCGCAGCCACAUGCCCUCACACACCUCAAUCCCUUGUAUUCUCACUUGUACCUAUGGCAUGGAGCUGGGCGGUUGGCCUGUCAUUCCCUGGAACCUGGUAAGACAGACUAACCAGUAUACUGUUGUUAUGUAGUAAUAUUAUAAAAGUGUAAUAAUAUCUUCAUUUAUAUUAUAAUAUUCAUGUAAAAGUAUAUUCUAUCUCUUAUUAUCUAUUAAUUUCCUACAAUUAUCCUGUCCAUUGGUAUUAUUAGUAUUUUAUUUAAUUGUAGGCUUCUAUCUCAUAUUAAUAAACAC